AUGAAUGUCUACUUGGUAUUAUUGGUGCUAUUCAUCGGUGUUCAGGCGGAACUGAAUGCAACGUAUAAUCUCGCCGAUAAGCAUGGAUUUAUGAACCAAACUUGGGAAUUGUGGAACGGCACGUUCAAUCAUAUUGAUCAGGAGACGGAGGCUUGGGAAAAAUUCUACAAUAUGAUUGACCAGGAGAAGUUCAGCUAUCAGGAUUGCAGCAUGAAGCAUCCGAUUUCCUACGAGCCAUAUCCUUAUCGUUUCAACGUUCAAGCUCGAACUGUCACAAAAUGUGUGAUUCACGAAAUGCAUCUUGAGAAACAAACGGAACAUGAGGAGAAGCACAGUAGAAAUGAAUUCUCGUUCCACAUAAAUGCAACUUAUUGGGCUUACACGGGCCGAAGCUAUGUGUACCCGACAAUAUUCCAUUGUAGAAGGAUAUUCCUAUUAAUAGGAUACUUAAAUGCCGGAGGGAGCGGAUACGCAGGUGGCGCAAUUGCCGGCGGCGCCAUUGCAACAAAUAAUGGGCAAUUCAGCGGACCCGAUUUCAAUCCGAUCCUUUUUCAAGGCACACGCGGAUAUCCUGGCAUCCGGGCGCGUCUCAACUCGCGCGCAUUCCAAUACGCCAGCACGCUUGUCGGCGACCUUUUGAACACGGAAAUCAAGAAGGCCCGCAUUCCGCCAAUCACACAGUGUAUUCCAAUGGUGCAAGGAUGCGUCAACAUCUACAACUUGUACGUUUCGAGAUACCGCUGCCCACAGCGAAUCGUUCUCUAUCCAGCGCCGCCAAACCGAAUUGUUUUGCAAGUGCAGAACGUCGACAUCGGAGUUACCGGCAACUUGGGAGGACAGGUUGUCGUUCUGCUGCCAAUUGCCCUUUCCGGAAUUGUCCAACUCAACAUCCAUCAAGCGACGAUCACCGUUCAAUUAGCAAUUGAACGAGGUCCAAAUGGUCCAUACGUUCGUCUGCUCUCGUGCGACAUGCAAAUUGGCUACGCCGAUGCUUAUAUUGAAAAUGGCGGAUUGGUCGGCGAUAUUGUCAACAGCCAAUUCAGAUCGCAAAUUUCGAACCAAGUCCGUCAAAUGAUACCGGGUCAAGUGUGCGGCCAAUUGCCGAACAUUAUCAACGAAAAAUUGAACUCGAAACUCGGCGCUUUGCCCCAAUCGAUCGCCGUCUCUCAAAUGCUUUCACUCCUCGGAGGCGCUUUGAACCUCGGUGGAGGAGGUGGUGGAGGAACGUGUCCAUCCACUUGCCCGAAAUCCGCGGCGCCAGCCACUUCAUCUUCUUUAACAAGCGUACCAUCACCAGCUCCUGCUGCGCCAUUGGCGGUCUCCGCGCCAACCUACACCCAAGGCGGAAUGGCACCGCAAAUCCCAACAUCGGCGUACACUGAAUCGAAUCGAGCCGUCCGAAACAUUCCGCGACGUCACAAACGAGCCUAUCCUGUCUAUCACUACCCGGUGUAUCGUCAGCAAUCAGUCCGCGCUGCCGGUGUUCAGCAAUAUUCGCAAGCGCUCGCUCCGGUCAAACUCGGAGCCUCGCCUAGAUAUCCACCACCGCCAACUGUUGCUGUCGGACCACCUGUCCUACUACCGCCACCUGACUGCUCAAAGUGUCCAGCGAGCGGUGCAAGCGACGAUCCAGCUUCGUUCCUUCGCCAAAUCGCGGCGCAUCUUGAUUUUACCAAACUCAACGACCUAUACCUCAGCCUUCAAUACCUUCAAUCGUACGCGACACCUAACGAUUACACAAUUGAUCUGAGCGGAGAGUUCAAUUCGUACGGAUUGAGUGGCAGUCCGUUUGGCGCGUUCCCCACACAAUUCCCACCGUAUGGACCGCAAAUGGCCGAGUUCAUUCUCUCCGACUACACGCUCAACACGCUUUUCUAUCAACUCCACCGCAAGCAAUUCCUCUCGUUCCGCAUUGGUCCCGACACGCCGAAAAUUGGCGAGCUCCUCAAAACGACAUGCUCCGACGACGACGAUGAUCUCGAAGCCACCGAGGUCGAGCUCGACGAGGAAGAAGCGCGUCGGCGUCGGCGACUCGCCGCCAAAGAGAAAUCGAAAUUCCGCACGCGUCGCGGUGUGCACACCAGCGAAAUUGUUGUUCGGCCCAAAGAGACCAUUGUCCGACACCACGCCACCCAUUUGGUGAAUGAGACGAAGAAGGUGCGCACGAAGCGGCGACGCGAUCCGCGCAAGCGUCGUCAGGAAGACACUGCCGGCCUCGCCGACCUCGGAAUCUGCUUCGGCGACAUUCUUCCGGCGAUUCGCGAGAAGUAUCCGAAUCAGACAAUCGCCGUGCUCAUUCGAACGACGCGCGCGCCGUCGGUGAUCCUCAGUCAGAAUCGCGGCGGCCAGGCGACAUUAGACCUGAUUGCCGAUGCCGAUAUCUACAUCGAUGGGACAAAUAACAAAGUUGGUACUAUCACAAUCGCCGCAACCGUUGUGUUGACGGUUCAAAUUGCUGGAAGCCGUCUCACCGGAAGCGCCGAGAUCACAAAUCUUCAUCUUUCCGACCGAACCGGAACACUUGGCCUGCCGCAAGACGCGUUGGAUAACCUUGGAAAUCUUGGCAAAGAAUUGCUGCAGAAGGUUGCCAACGAUAGCCUCCAAAAAGGCAUCAACUUCCAAAUUCCCAACAAUCUGCCGCUGCCGAUCGGAAUCAUCAAUCCGCAAGUGCGCAUCAUCGAGCACGGCCUCCACAUUGCCACCGACUUCACGAUUUCGCCGUCGUUGCUCGCCGCUGGCACCGGCUCAUGCUAA